UGCGGGUUCCCAGCAUCCACCGGGGCUGCCUGUGUGCCACGUAACAGGCUGUCGCCGCCACAGUGCGUUGUGUCACCGGCACCAGGAGAGUACAGUCUGGGGGGUCGUCUCCGCCUGAGGGGGGCUGCAACAUGGGGGGCUCACAGAGCGUAGAGAUCCCUGGUGGAGGGACGGAAGGCUACCAUGUCCUCCGGGUACAAGAAAAUUCCCCAGGACACAGAGCUGGGCUGGAGCCAUUUUUUGAUUUUAUCGUUUCCAUUAAUGGUCUGAGAUUGAAUAAAGACAAUGACACACUUAAGGACCUGCUUAAGGCCAAUGUUGAGAAGCCUGUGAAAAUGGUGGUGUAUAGCAGCAAGACACUGGAACUGAGAGAGACCACAGUUACUCCAAGUAACAUGUGGGGAGGACAGGGCUUACUGGGAGUCAGCAUAAGAUUCUGUAGCUUUGAUGGUGCCAAUGAGAAUGUGUGGCAUGUGCUGGAGGUAGAGCCAAAUUCUCCUGCAGCAUUAGCCGGCUUGAGACCCCACACAGACUACAUAAUUGGAGCAGAUACUGUAAUGAAUGAGUCAGAGGAUCUGUUCUCCCUCAUUGAGACCCAUGAAGGAAAGCCUUUAAAACUUUAUGUGUACAAUACAGACACAGACAAUUGUAGAGAAGUGGUCAUCACGCCAAACUCUGCCUGGGGUGGAGAGGGCAGCUUAGGAUGUGGAAUAGGUUAUGGAUACCUUCACCGGAUACCUACUCGACCAUUUGAAGAAGGAAAGAAAAUAUCUCUGCCCGGGCAGUCACCAGGGGCGCCCAUAAGUCCUCUAAAAGAUGGCUUUACAGAGGUCCAGUUGUCAUCUGUAAAUUCUCCUCCAACAUUGCCGGUUGGAAGCACAGGAAUUGAAGGGAGCCUGUCUGGGCUGUCACUAAAUGCUAACCCGCCUGCUGUCACCAGUGCUCUUAACUCAGGUUUACCAACAGUACCCGUAUUAACGCCACAAAUCAACCAUUCCCUCGCCUCUGUUCCCCUAAAUCCAGCUGUUUCACUACCAGGUCUCAUGCCGCUAUCCACUGGACUCCCCACGUUACAGAAUUUACCCAACCUUAACAUACCUGCCGCCAACCUAAUUCCGAGACCUGGCUUCCCAGACCUGGCACACAGUGUGUCACACCUGCCCCCUCUUGGUCCUAUGCCACCUCUUGGUCCUUUACCACCGCUGAACCUGGCAGGACUCCCUCCCCUUUCAGUAAAUCCUCAGUUCCCUACAUUUCCUCUGGCACCUAUUGCAAGCGACCCAAUUCCCUCACUGCUGGACCAGAUCUCUGCACCCUCUGUGGAAAAUGGCACAUCUACAGCGGAGACGACGGGCAGCGCGGACCUUCCUGCCACACAGAAAGUUACCGUCAGCAGCAGCACAGAAGUCGCGGUGGCUGAAUCCUCAUAACAUGGAUCCGACUGGCUUCUUGUAUUUAUUUAGCCACAGAAUGUGUUUCCCCCCGAUGCAAACAAUCAUUACUCUCAUACUAGUUUGUACUUAUGUAGGAGAUCUGUAAAUACAGAGAAAUCUAGUUAUGAAGAAGAUACAAAAGCUAUUGAAGAUGGAGAAAACACGAGGGCCGACGCCGAACCCUUACAAGGAUGUAAAUUAUUUUAGCAGAAAGAGUUUCCAGCCAAAAUUGUGUUUAAUAAAAAGUUACAGCACGUGCACUGUUA